AUGGUUGGGAAGAGGGCUUGUGCCACACAGCCUGUGCACGCUGCACUAUUGAAGUCACAUCCUCUACCCAACCGUCUCCCUUACAGUGUCCCCUCCUGCAACCCACUUCAAGACAACCGCAGCAGCCAAGAUCGGGCAGAGCCUGUUCUGCUGAAUGAUUUUGACAAGGCCUUUGUAGAGAAUGGAAUUACAGAUAGCCUAAAAAGCGAGACUGUUGUGGGUUCAACCACCAACACCAUUUCUUGUGGUAACAUCAUUGCACGAGAUUCGUGGCAGCGCCGCCAUGAUAUGAGACUCAACCCUAAAGAUAUUCUCAAGAGGAAUGAGGAUCGAGGCCAGGAGCAGAACAAUGAAACCUCGACUGCCCUGGAGUCAUUCCCGGGCUCUAUCAUGAUCCAACCCUCUUUGCUGCCGGAGCCUCGCACUGGUGAUAAUACACCUAUGGCGAUGGUAGCAGAGCCUGGUACCAAGAAGAUAUCUACGGUGCAGGGGGAUUUCACAUCUCGCGAGAGUGCGGAUUCCACCUGUGCCUCGUUGUUGGCUCACUCAGUGGAGUCAGAUCAACAUACGCGCGAGGCUGAUUCCUGUAACGCGGGGCGAUGCCAAUCCCCCUUUACGGCACGGCACCGCGGAUCCGAUACCGGGUCUAUGGAGCCCAUGGUUGUAGUUGUGGUUCCAGCCCUUUCCCCUGGUCAUCGAAAAGGCUCGGCAGCCCUCAAGGGGAAGGGGAGCAAAUGCCAAAGCAAACAACGGCCCCUCCGAACCCGUCAACAGAAGACCCUGCGGAAAUCAAUACGUCAAACUUUGGAGAGCCGUGGCCGUUGUUCCCCAGGUACCCCCACUAAACUCUGCAAUGAUGGCGGGGUUGAGUCAGACACCAGCGGCACGAGCAGCCCCUGUGGCGACUCCGACGAAGAUUACACUGCGGGCAGCGAUGACAGUGAUUCAGUGAUAAAGCCAUUGAAGCGCCGUAAACUUUCUUCUCAGUUAGCCGUUACCUCCCCAUGCCGACCUCAGUCUCGGCCUCAGCCUCGACAUUGGGUUGCACGAGUCUGCACACGCUCCAGUCCGGUGGUGCCUGGCAGCAGCACCGGGCAGACGUUAGGCCCACAGCUAUUAUCCCCAGAGGACAUCUCCGCACUGGUUUCUGCCUUUGCCCAAAAGCUCCUGGAGCUCCGCAGAGAUUCUUGGACAGGUGCCAUGGAUAUCAUGAACGCCGAGGUAGCUGGGGUCGUUGCUGAGAGAGGGAGCGAGGAUAGAAGAUUUGGAGAGCCAGGCAUUAAAAGGCCUCGGUGGACUCAGGAAGAUGAUGCCCGUCUAAAGGAUCUGAAGAUGCGGGGCUGGCAUUGGUGGGAGAUCAAGCAAGAAUUUCCAGGGCGAACGAAAAGUGCCUUGCAGCAGCGAUGGUCAACAUUCCCUGCAAGGGAAGCAUCGCCAGUAACCGACAUGCAGCAGCAGUAA